CGGCAGCCCGGCCCGCGGCCCGGCGACAUGUCGAUUUGCCUCAUGAAGCUCAUGGAGUCAUGCGCCUGAGCUGCGAAGUGACGAUGAUCCCCGAAGCUACAAAUUGUAGAAUUGUUAUUGUUAGAUACGCUUAGCUUGAGUUGUUCGUAUUUCCACAGUGCUUGUCUUGUGGUUGUGCUUCUUUCCACUUCGCGUAGUAAGGUGAUACCGGAGUUCAUCAUCAUUUUCGACGUCGUGUGUGUGGUAUGUCUACCCUAGGCCACAUGUUGUGUUGUGAGACAAGCGGCAGGGGAAUGAAGGCAAACUUGAAUUUCUCUCAGUAGUCCUGACUUAUCUGCCUAGCAGAGUGUGUUGGUGCAACGCUGACCGGUACCUGUGCUGUAAUUGUGUACGGGAAGAAGAGCUUCCUCCCGCUGGCUGUUUACCAUUCGCCACUACCGUGGAAGAAGACCGUCUGUCAGUUCUAAUGGUCUGGCUGUUUGAACUUUGCCUCCGUUAUUGUGACUGAACGUCGGUAUUCGAGAAGAAUGGCGGCGCACGGAAUGGAAAGAAGUCCAAGUACAGUUGUAUGUGACACGCCGGAACUUGUGGCGAUGUUUCGAGAGAAAUCCUGGCAUAACUGUGCUGAUGCUGUUCAGAAGGCAGGUGUCACUGGGGAUGCAAUACUGGAGAUGACACCGGAGGAAAUUCUUGACGUGUGUGUUGGAAUUAGGCGGGAGAGCUUGUGGAAAAUUAUUGACUCACUUGAGCACCGGAUGGCUGAUUAUGAGGCGGCUGCUGCAAAGUCUUCUUCUCAGGAAUCCUUGCCUUCAAGUAAUCAGUUUGCCAAGGGGUCUGACAUGCAAGGCCAGGAUGAGAAAAGCUUUUCAAAACCUGAGUCGGCAAUCUCGUCAAAACAGCGAACUAAUUCUGGGCAAAGACUGUCCAAUUCAAUCACUCGAAAAAGAAAUUGGAUGAAGUCGAACAAGCCCGAAGAAUACUGGGAUGGAGCGCCUGCAGUCCAAAGGACUGGUAACAACUCCCAGACUACCACCACUCAGAUUGAAGCUGCGGCUGAUCACUCAAGAAACAAGGCGGAGCAGGCACACGACGCAGGUAAUCAACAGGCACAGGACGUAGGAAAUCAUGCAGAACAUCACCCUGUCCCCACCUCGCCAAAUCCAUCUGAAGCGAAAACCAAGUCAUCGGGCGUUGCAUCACCCAGGAAGCCACCCAGAAAUUUUCAAGUACAGGCUGUCAACCGUGUCAUAGCGUGUAAUCAAGCGAUGAAGGCCUUUGGAUCAUGUCCCAAUUCACCACUGACAAGGGUAUCGCCCGGCAUAGGAGAAAAUGGUCUACCGCAAGAAAUGAGCAACACAGCGAUACAAAGCGAGGGAUCACCAAGAUCACCGAAGUCUGCAAGGAAGCUUUCCAGAAUGUCAAGCAAGUCAUCCCUCUGGUCCCAUAGCCGUAGGGACACCACUGAAGAUGAACCAAUACAAAGUGAUGAAUCAUCAAGCACGCCGAAAUCUACAAGGAAACUGCCCAGAUGGUCAAGCAAGGCACCCCUCAGAUCCCUUAGCCGCAAGGACACUGAAGAUGAACCAAUACAAAGUGAGGGAUCACCAAGAUCACCGAAGGUAACAAGGAAGCUUUCCAGAAAGUCAAGCAAGUCAUCCCUCUGGUCCUAUGGCCACAAGGACACUGAAGAUGAACCAGAAUUGGAACAGAGUGAGUGGUUUCAUCCACGUUGCAAUCUUGAGGAUGUGACAAACCUCUUGUCCAAAGCCAGUAAGGAUGGAGCAUUCUUUGUGAUGCCCUCACAGGCUUCAUUCAAAAACUUGAUGCUGAAUGUUUGGCAUAAUAAUGAUGUUCACCAACUUAGAAUUCUUUGGCAUAAAUCAAGCAGCUAUCUACUUUGCCAUGCCAAGGAGGAGGAUGUGGUACACGCUAGUGUCCAACAACUGAUUGAUCACCACACUGAGCAGCCUAUCCACCUGACAUUUGGAAGCAAAAUACGUCUCACGAAACCAUGCACCGCACACACAUAGAUGAACGCUCUCCGAACCUUUGUGCAAUCUCUUGUUGCUCUUUCUCAGUCAAUGCUCUUCUCUUUUUAGAGCUUGUAGUGUUGCUUUUGUCAAAAGGUUGGCUGGUGGCUGACAAAUAUCUGCUUCCACCAGGAAUAUAUUUUGACUUACUUUAUAAAGAUGAAUAAGUUUGAAAUGAACCUAGCAUCAAGACAUAUACACUAAAAUAUUUUUCUAAAAUAAUUAUCCAGAUGGUGA